AUGGCCUCAACCGAUCCACCACAGGAUUCGUCCACACCACCGGCGGAAAACGCGCAAAACAGUUCCACGGCGCCUCCCCCUGAGCAGUCAACGGCGCCUCCCGAUCAACCGCCAACGUCGAGCGCACCACCUACACCACCACCAUCGUCGACGCCUUCGCCAACUCCAUCGCCGACUCCAUCAUCAACCCCGUCUGAUCCCCCGAGCUCGACUCCGUCGUCUACUCCUCCGCCAGAGAGCUCGACUUCUGCGCCACCUCCCCCGUCCUCGUCUUCGACUACCGAGCCGCCGCCGUCGUCAACCCCUUCGAGCACAUCAUCGCCCUCUUCAACGCCGGAUUCCUCGACUUCUUCCACCACAACGCCAGAGCAAUCAUCCACCACUCCGCCUCCUUCUUCAACGACGCCACCACCGAGCUCUACUCCUGAUAGUUCGUCAUCAACAACUACAACUCCGCCGUCAUCUAGUGAUGUCACUGUUUCUGUCUCGGGCACCAACGGCUCUACCGUUAUUAACGUCGUCACGCAAACCACGACGCCUACAGACUCUCCAACCGGCGUAACUACCUCUUCCACCUCCACGGCAACCCCGAAUGGCGUUGCUGGCAAGGACAGCGGCGGUGGUCUUGAUUCAAAGGCCAAGGUAGCCAUUGGUGUCGUCGUUCCCAUUGUUGCCAUUGCUAUUUUGGCAGUGAUUGGCCUCUUCUUCUGGAAAAAGACUCGCGCGCGUCGCCAGGCAGAGGCAGAGCGCCGCAAGGAAGUCGAAGACUAUGCUUACAACCCCAAUGCUGAUCCUACAAUUCCGGUUGUUGGUAUGUCUGGUGGAGACUCGUAUGAGAUGAGGGAAGAGGAAUCUGUGGGAUAUCGUGGCUGGGGAUCGACUACUCUUGCUGGCACCUCAACGGGCCGCAAGGCUUCUACCACGAUAUCCGGCGCCACCAACCAUGGAUACUCUGAUGUUUCGCCUCCUCGUGACAACAUGUCUGACGCCGCACUGAUUGACAACCAGGAGGGAGAGAUUCUCGGUGCCAUGGGUCCCGCAGCCGCAAACAACCGAGGUGACGUUAGACGAGGAGCCUCCAAUGCGUCUUCUUCAUACAGUGCCGGGCGGUCGGACGGCUCCGAGGGGGCCGUGGGCGUGGCUUAUGGUGGUGGCGGCGGCUAUUACGAUCAGUAUGGUUCCAGCCCGUAUGAGGCCGGCUAUGGCAAUCCUGGCGACAACAUGCCCGCUCCGCCCAUCAUCCGCGAUAAUCCUGCACGACGCAGCGCGCGCGUUGAAAAUCCCGGCCACUUCCCGCAGCAGAGCGCUGGUAUUUCCCAGAAUUUCUAG